AUGAGCCGGCUGUGUGCUAUGCGGGGGGAGCUGCUGGGGGCAGGCUCAGGCCUCGUUUGCCUGGCAGGUCCCUGGUGGCAUUUCCUGAGCACCAGCCACACCCCAGGAACUAUGAUCACGUCCAGGGUGUUCUUCGGGGAGCCCGGGCCCUGGUUCAACCAGCUGGACAUGGACGGCGACAAGACGUCGGUGUUCCACGACGUGGACGGCUCCGUGUCCGAGUACCCCGGCUCCUACCUCACCAAGGCCGACAACUGGCUGCUGCGGCACCCCGACUGCAUCGACGUCCCCGACUGGCGGGGGGCCAUCUGCAGCGGGCACUACGCACAGAUGUACAUCCAGGCCUACAGGACCAGCAACCUGCGCAUGAAGAUCGUCAAGAACGACUUCCCGGGGCGCCCCCUGCACCUGGAGGGUGCGCUGACCGGGAGCACCCACUACCAGCAGUACCAGCCGGUGGUCACGCUGCGCAAGGGCUACACCAUCCACUGGGACCGCACGGCGCCCGCCGAGCUCGCCAUCUGGCUCAUCAACUUCAACAAGUGAGGGGGCGUGGCCGGGAGGGCAGGGAGACGGGGCCUCGGGAAGGCCACGCCCCUAGGGCAGGCCACGCCCCCUUCAGGGCCU